UGUUGCGAGAGAGGAGAGAGGAGAGAGGAGAGAGGAGAGAGGAAGAGUUUUUCUUUUCUCUGCCUUGGUUUCUUUGGGCCUGCCUAUAUGUUUACUACUACUCUCUGUUCUGUAUCACGCAGGCCUGAGCCAUCAUCUCAUCUCAUCAGCUCCACCAUUUUCCUUUCUUCGCUAGCUCGAUCUCUUUCUUAUCUCCUUUCUUCUCUCUUUCUUCUUUCCACCAUCUUUCCAUUCACCCUGCUGAUCUCCACCUCUUUCUCUCACUCGGGCUCGCCCUGGCCGCCUUCUCUCCUCCCAUUUUUCAAAUCGGGGAACUACAGAUCCGAGGAAAUAUAGAAUCAUCCAUCAAUCAAAGCAUCAAAUCAAAGCAUCAAAUCAAGAAUCAUAGCGAAAGCAGUUAGGAAGAGAAUCUUAUUCGCUCAUCUCAGCUAGCUCUCUCCCUCCCCAGUCUCUCUCAGGCGACAAACACUACCACGACUACAGCACCCGCGCGCGCGGCGGCUGCAGGGAGGGCAAGGAUUCCGUCCCCUCGAUCGCCUAGCUCCUUCCAUUCCAUCGAUCGAUCGCGUCGGUUGGCCACCCACCCGACCACCCACCACCCGUCAAAUCCCACCACCAUGUCAUCCUCCUCAGCCGCCUUUUCCUUGGACCACCUCUCCCCACCCCCUUCCGAGCACCUCUGCUACGUCCACUGCAACUUUUGCGACACCGUCCUCGCGGUGAGCGUUCCCUACACCAGCUUGUUCAAGACGGUGACGGUGAGGUGCGGCCACUGCACCAACCUCCUCUCCGUCAACAUGAGAGGCCUUCUUCUCCCCGCCGCCAACCAGCUCCACCACCUCAGCCAUGGCUGCUUCAACCCACCUCAUCAAAACCUCCUGGAUGAGCUGCAGUGCCAGCCGCCGAGCUUGCUGCUGGAUCCCUCCAUGCUAUGCAAUACUAACAACGGCAACAGCUGCAGCAACAACGGCAGCAGCCUCAUCAGCAGCAACGCCGCCGCCGGCAUUAACAACGGCAACGCUAUGGCGCCUGCAGUGAAAGGGGUGGAAGACGACCAGCUCCCACGCGCCCCAGUGGUCAACAGACCUCCGGAGAAGAGGCAGAGAGUUCCAUCUGCGUACAAUCGAUUCAUCAAGGACGAAAUCCAACGCAUUAAGGCUGGGAAUCCCGACAUCACUCACAGGGAGGCCUUCAGCGCCGCUGCGAAGAACUGGGCCCACUUUCCGCACAUCCAUUUCGGCCUGAUGCCCGAUCAGGGUCUGAAGAAGGCCAACCUGCGCCAGCUUCCGGAAGGGGCUGAGGAUGUUCUUCCCAAGGAGGGCUUCUACCCCACAGCCGCUGCCGCUGCCGCUGCCUCUGCCGCUGCCGCUGCCGCUGCCGCUGCUGCUGCAAACACGGGAGUCACUCCUUUCUAAGCGCCAAGGACGACACACACAAACAAACACACCUUCUCUCUCCAUCUCCCCCCUCUGCUGCUACUGCCGCUACUGUUGCUGCUGUUGUUGUUCUUAGGGUUACUACUACCCCUUUACUUUCGCUUAUUUUCUCUUCCUCUUUUUUUUCUUCUUCUUCUUCUUCACUUCUUUUUCUUUUUCUUUUUUCUUUCUUUUCUUUUCUUUUGUUUCCGAGUUGUUGUACUUUAAAUGGAUGUCGAGUUUGGGCCGGCACGGCUGCGGAGGGUGCAAACGCCUGAGGGAAAAGGUUGGUGUGCGCUCGCCCGUGGCUAACUAGCCGUGCCUUAAUUUGUCUACCAACGCGUGUGCUCUCUUUCUCUCAGUCUCUCUCGCUAUGUGGAAAGACUUUGAACUGUUUGGCAAGUGCUAUAUUUCUAUUGUUCCUAUUUGCUUUUAGAUGCUUGUCGUUAGGCUUUGCUCUUCAUCAAUGUUCGCCACCAGGUAUGCAUGCAUGCAUGCAUAUC